UCAAUAAAUUAAAAAAUACGGAGUAUCUUUCAAAAAAAAUACGGAGUAAAUUCUGUGGAUUCAGUUGAAACUUAAAAAACCGGUUCAAAAAAAAAGUUGAAACUUAAAACAGCGUUCAGAGUGAUUCAACCAUCUUCCGCCUUUCCAUCCUACCAUGAUCUUCUCUAGGUUCUCCCGUUCAUCGUCUCGAUUUUCUCGUUGCAGAAAUGCCAUAAGUGGGGUUUAUAGUAGGAAGCUAGCGAAUCCAAACAAGGAAAUUUUUGUAGCUCCUGAUAUAAAUUGUGGUGCAAGUAAUAGUUUGCUUGCGGGACAAUUAGGGAUUUUGAGGGGCUAUUUAGCUGCAAUUAGAACGAAGAAGGGGUUUAUAAGGAAGCAGUGUUUAUCUGAUCUCGAUAUUGCUUACCCAAGCCUAAGAUUGCGCAGAUUUUUCUCAAGUGAAGACCCCAAGAAAAAGAAAUAUGAUAACUUUGUUCCUAAACAGAAUAAGGAAAUUCCAAAGCAGGAUAAGCAGGAUAAGCAAUCAAAAGAGGACCCGAAUUCAGGUGAUUACAGUGGCUUUCAGGAAAUACUCAAGAAGCUCUCCCAGAAUAUGGUCGUCCCCCUAUUGGCACUUGGAAUGGCUCUCUUGACAUUUACUCCUAGAGAAGAGAAGGAAAUUAGUUUCCAAGAGUUCAAAACCAAGCUACUUGAAGCUGGUCUAGUGGACCACAUAGUUGUCUCUAACAAAAGAAUUGCAAAAGUUUACGUUAAAAGCUCACCACAGAAUCACAUGGGAGAUGGUUCUUUUGAGGGACUAGAUGUCAAAAGCACAUCUGCUGAUGGAAAAAAUAAAUCCAAAUAUCAAUUCUUUUUUAAUAUUGCAAGUGUCCAAUCUUUUGAAGAAAAGCUGGAGGAUGCUCAAAAGGCAAUAGGGGUUGAUCCUCAUGAUUUUGUUCCAGUUUUGUAUACAUAUGAAAUGAGUUGGCUCCAAGAAUUGAUGAGAUAUUGGGCAACAUUUUUACUUUUGGGUGUGGCAUUGUUUAUUCGUUCAAAAAUGCAAGGUGGCGGCAUGGGUCUUGGAGGUAUGGGUGGUAAAGCUAGCGGUGGAAUAUUCAACAUGGGAAAGGCACCAAUCACUAAAGUGGAUAAAAAUGCAAAAAACAAGAUAUUUUUCAAAGACGUCGCUGGAUGUGAAGAAGCAAAACAGGAAAUAAUGGAAUUUGUACACUUUUUAAAGAACCCAAAGAAGUAUGAGGAUUUGGGGGCAACAAUUCCAAAAGGCGCUCUCUUAGUGGGCCCACCAGGCACGGGCAAAACACUGUUAGCUAAAGCAACCGCAGGUGAAUCUGGUGUGCCUUUCCUAUCCAUUUCCGGUUCUGACUUUCUGGAAAUGUUUGUUGGGGUUGGACCAGCAAGAGUUAGAAGCCUGUUUCAAGAAGCUAGGCAGUGUGCACCUAGCAUCAUAUUUAUUGAUGAAAUUGAUGCGAUUGGGCGAGCAAGAGGGCGUGGUGGUUUCUCCGGUGGCAAUGACGAGCGAGAAAGCACCUUAAAUCAGCUUCUUGUUGAGAUGGAUGGAUUUGGAACAACAUCUGGUGUGGUUGUUCUGGCGGGAACAAAUAGAGCGGAUAUUUUAGACAAUGCCUUGCUAAGGCCUGGCCGUUUUGACCGACAGAUCAGCAUAGAUGCACCUGAUUUUAAAGGCCGGGAUGAGAUCUUUAAAAUCUACUUGCAAAAGAUUAAGCUCGAUCAUGAACCAUCAUAUUUCUCUCAACGACUAGCAGCCCUCACUCCUGGAUUUGCUGGGGCAGAUAUUGCAAAUGUUUGCAAUGAAGCUGCUUUAAUUGCAGCGAGGCAUGAACAAAGACUUGUAAAGAUGGAACAUUUUGAUGCGGCUAUAGAUAGGAUAAUUGGUGGUCUGGAGAAGAAGAAUAAGGUAAUAAGCAAACUUGAACGGCAAACUGUUGCAUACCAUGAAUCUGGUCAUGCUGUUGCUGGGUGGUUUCUAGAACACGCAGAGCCUUUGUUAAAGGUUACUAUCGUUCCCCGUGGUAGUGCGGCACUUGGCUUUGCCCAAUAUGUUCCUAAUGAGAACCUUCUCAUGACCAAAGAGCAGCUUUUUGACAUCACAUGCAUGACACUAGGUGGCCGGGCCGCAGAGCAGGUUUUAUUGGGGAAAAUUUCAACUGGUGCGCAAAAUGACUUGGAAAAAGUAACAAAAAUGACAUAUGCCCAAGUAUCUGUAUAUGGAUUCAGCGAUAAGGUCGGGCUGCUCUCUUUUCCUCAGGGUGAGGGUAUGGGGAAGCCUUACAGUAACAAAAUGGCUUCAAUCAUCGAUAGUGAGGUUCGAGAAUGGGUGGGAAUAGCGUAUAAAAAGACAGUCCAAUUGAUAGAGGAACACAAAGAACAAGUGGCUCAAAUCGCUGAGCUAUUGCUAGAGAAGGAGGUUCUUCACCAAGACGACUUGGUCCAGGUACUUGGUGACCGUCCCUUCAAGUCAACCGAGUCAACCCAUUAUGACAUAUUUAAGCAGGGUUUUCAGCCGGAAUCUGAGAGUGAAACCAAAGGUGCUGAUGAGGAGAACGAGUCCUCCUCUCCUAUAGAACCAGAUGUCAUUCCUGCUUGACAGUGUUUCCAUUGUUAUAUGUGUGUAUAUUUCUUGAAAAAAAACUGUUCUAACUUCACUGAUUGACUGCUAGUUGCUGCCAACCUGAUCAACACCCAUUCUCGAGUAGUUUUGAUAAGGUUGUUGUUUCUUGCCGCUUAGGGAUUAUGAAUUUAAAUUAUGUUUCCCCAAUCAAUAAAUGUGGAUAAUCCCAAUGGUAGAAAGGUGGAUAGACUUGGGGAUAUUGUGAAUUGUAAUCUAACUAUGACUCGUGUACAUUAUACUUUGUUGAAAUACAUGCUUGAUACUUCUAGAUUCCGU